AUGGCCGGGCAGAGGCAACUGCAGCGGCGGCGACUGCGGGGCGGCCUGCGCCCCCCUGCCCCGCCCCUGCCCCCAGCCGCGCCGGCCUCAGCUCCGCUGGCCCCGGCCCCGGCCCGACCGCCGCAGCCCGGGCGCCGUCUGCUGCUGCUGCUGCUCGCCGCCCUGCUCGGGCUGGCCGCCGGCGCCGGGGGCGGGACGUGUCCCGAGCGGGAGCUGGAGCGGCGGGAGGAGGAGGCCAACGUGGUCCUCACCGGCACCGUGGAGGAAAUCCUGAACGUGGACCCUGUGCACCUCACCUACUCAUGCAAGGUUCGGGUCUGGCGAUAUCUUAAGGGCAAAGAGGUGGUUACCCACGAGAUCCUGCUUGAUGGUGGGAACAAAGUGGUGAUUGGUGGCUUUGGAGAUCCACUCAUUUGUGACAACCAGGUGUCCACUGGGGACACCCGGAUCUUCUUUGUGAACCCUGCCCCACGCUACCUGUGGCCAGCUCAUAAGAAUGAGCUGAUGUUGAAUUCCAGCCUGAUGCGCAUCACGCUUCGGAACCUGGAGGAGGUGGAACACUGUGUGGAGGACAAACCUGGAAAUCAUUUCACGCAGCCGCCCCCAACACCUCCAGAUGCGUGCCGGGGUAUGCUAUGUGGCUUUGGGGCUGUGUGUGAGCAGAGUGCUGGCCGGGCCACAUGUGUGUGCAAGAAGGGCCCGUGCCCUACCGUGGUGGCCCCUGUGUGUGGAUCUGAUGCCUCCACCUACAGCAAUGAGUGUGAACUACAGAGGGCUCAGUGCAGCCAGCAGCGACGCAUCCGUGUGGUCAGCCGAGGGCCCUGUGGCUCCCGGGACCCCUGCUCGGGGGUAACAUGCAGUUUUGGCAGCACCUGUGCCCGCUCGGCAGAUGGGCAGUCGGCCAAAUGCAUCUGCCCAUCCUCAUGCAGUGGCGUCCCUGAGGGCAUCGUCUGUGGUAGCGAUGGGCGGGAUUACCCCAGUGAGUGCCAGAUGCACCGCCUUGCCUGUGCCCGUCAGGAGAACAUUGUCAAGAAGUUUGAAGGGCCCUGUGAUCCGUGCAAGGGCAUUCUCAGUGACCUGAAUCGCGUGUGCUGGGUGAACCCUCGCACCCGUCAGCCUGACAUGCUGCUGCGACCUGAGAGCUGCCCACCCCGCCAGGAGCCGGUGUGUGGUGACGACGGCGUCACCUACGCCAAUGAUUGUGUCAUGGGCCGUACCAGCGCCACCCUGGGCCUCGAUAUUCAGAAGCUACGCUCAGGGCAGUGCCAGCCACAAGAUCAGUGUUCAAUCCCCUGCAAGUUUAAUGCUGUGUGUCUCAUCCGCCGCGGCCGGGCCCGCUGCUCCUGUGACCGAGUCACGUGUGAUGGCGCCUACCGGCCUGUCUGUGCACACGGGGGCCACACGUACAGCAGCGACUGUGAGCGCCAGCGUGCUGAGUGCAGCCAGCAGCGGGCUCUCCCCAUCAAGCACCAGGGGCCCUGUGACCAGGGUACCCCAAGCCCCUGCCUGGGUGUCCAAUGUCCUUUCGGGGCCACAUGUGUGGUGAGGAACUGGGAGGCUGUGUGUGAAUGUCAGCAGGUCUGUGCUGGCCUCUACGACCCUGUAUGUGGCAAUGAUGGUGUCACCUAUGGAAGCCCCUGUGAGCUGGAAGCCACAGCCUGUGUCCUCAGGAAGGAGAUUCUGGUCACCCGCAAGGGGCCCUGUGGCCUCUGUGGAAAGUGCCAGUUUGGGGCCCUGUGUGAGGCAGAGACAGGCCGCUGCGUGUGCCCCACGGAGUGCGUGGCUUCAGCCCAGCCUGUGUGUGGCUCUGAUGGGAACACGUAUGGCAGCGAGUGUGAACUGCAUGUGCAAGCUUGCACUCGCCAGAUCAACCUCAGUGUGGCCUCCCCUGGACAUUGCAAGACGUGUGGGGACACAGUAUGUACCUUUGGGGCUGUGUGCUCUGACGGGCAGUGCGUGUGUCCCCGGUGUGAGCGGCCGCCCCCUAGCCCGGUCUGUGGUAGCGACGGAGUCACCUAUGGCAGCAGCUGUGAACUCCGAGAAGCUGCCUGCCAGCAGCAGAAGAAGAUUGAUGAGGCCCGGCCUGGGCCCUGCGAGGAUGAAUGUGGCUCUGGCGGUUCCGGCUCGGGUGAGGAUGGUGACUGUGAGCAGGAGCGGUGCCGGCGACGAGGAGGUGUGUGGGAUGAGGAUGCCGAGGACGAUCGAUGCGUCUGCGACUUCAGCUGCCAGACCGUAUUACGCAGCCCGGUGUGUGGUUCUGAUGGGGUCACCUAUGGUAAUGAAUGUGAGCUGAAGAAGGCGAGGUGUGAGAGUCGCCAGGAGCUGUAUGUCACAGCCCAGGGUGCCUGCCGAGCCACACCUACGGUGGUCCCUCCCCCUCCUGUCUUGCACUGCUCUCAGACCCCAUAUGGCUGCUGUCUGGACAAUGUUACCAGGGCCCAGGGUGUUGGCUUGGCUGGCUGUCCAAGCACCUGCCAGUGUAAUGCAUACGGCUCCUACGGGGGAGGCUGUGACCCCACCUCAGGCCAGUGUUCCUGCCGUCCAGGCGUGGGUGGCCUCAAGUGUGAUCGAUGCGAGCCAGGUUUCUGGAACUUCCGUGGCAUUGUGACUGAUGGCCGGAGUGGCUGCACCCCCUGUAACUGUGACCCUGGAGGCUCGGUACGGGAUGAUUGUGAGCAGAUGACAGGACUGUGCUCUUGCAAGGAGGGCAUCACGGGCAUGAAGUGCAGCCAGUGCCCCCCUGGCAGCAUCCUGGGCCCCUCCGGCUGUGAGAAUGACCCCUCGGCUCCCAAGUCAUGUGCUGAACUGAGCUGCGAGUUUGGGGCAUCCUGUGUGGAGUCUGGUGGCUCUGCCCACUGUGAGUGCCCUGCGCCUGUGUGUCCAGAGGACAACAUGAUCAAGGUCUGUGGCUCCGAUGGAGUGACCUAUGGAGACCCGUGUCAACUGAGGACCAUUGCUUGCCGCCAAGGCCGGACAAUCACUGUGCGGCAUUUUGGGCAAUGCCAUGAGUCCAUCACCCACGGGAGCCCCCCUGCCCAUCCUCCCACAGCUCCAUCUGAGGAGGCCUCAGAAACCAUCCUGCCCUCCCUCCUAAAGUUCACGAGCCAGGCCCCAGAGACCUCAGUGACCACAGAACCGGGGACUACCUGGCAGGGUCGGGGCGCCCAUUCCACACCCCGCAGCCGUCCAACCACUCGACCUUCUGUGCCAGCCUGGACCACAGCAGGUGUCCACCGAACCACGAUGCGGCCCGCUGCUCCCGCCUGGACCACUCUGGGCUUCCACAGAACAACAGUACGGCCUUCCACUCCAACCUGGACCACGGCAGGCAUCCACAGGAGCACGGUGCGGCCUAUCCUGACUGCUCCUGUAGCCCCCGCUGCCAUCCCCACUUUGGUCUACUCUGAAUCGGGCAGUGCCGACGGCAGUAGUGGCGACGAGGAGCUCAGUGGUGACCUGGAGGCCAGUGGGGUGGGAUCCGCAGGGAUGGAACUUCUGGAAGAGGGGGGUGUGAUGGCCCCCACACCUGCCAUCGAGAGGGCUUCCUGCUAUAACUUGCCUCUGGGCUGCUGCUCGGAUGGAGAGACGCCUGCCCUGGAUGCCGAGGGCACUAACUGCCCAGCUACUAAGGUGUUCCAGGGAGUGCUGGUUUUGGAAGAGGUCGAGGGUCAGGAGUUAUUCUAUACCCCAGAGAUGGCGGAUCCCAAGUCAGAACUCUUUGGGGAGACGGCCCGAAGCAUCGAGAGCGUGCUGGAGGGCCUGUUCCGGAAUUCAGACGUCAAGAAGGACUUCCGGAGUGUCCGGAUGCGGGACCUGGGCCCAGGCGGCUCUGUGCGCGCCAUUGUAGAUGCCCACUUUGACCCCUCCACAUCCUUUACAGCCCUUGAUGUGGGCCGGGCCCUGCUGAAACAAAUCAGAGCAUCCAAGAAGAGGGUCUUAGUAGUGAAACAGCCCCUUGGAGAUCACGUGAAGUUCAUGGACUUUGACUGGCUCCCUAUGCUAUUCACCACGGCCACCACCACCACCACUGUGGCCACAGCUGAAGCCAUGACCCCAGGCAGCCGCCACACCUCUGCUGUGACUCCCCACACUAUGUACCCAGGUCACCUGGGCUGGCCUCACAGCAGGACUCUGGCCUCACCAGCAACUCGUAGACCAUCCACCACUGCGGCCCUCCCCCCCGCCACUCCCCCCAUCACCCGGAGACCUCCCCGGCCGUGUGACUCCCACCCUUGCCUCCAUGGAGGCACCUGUGAGGAUAAUGGGCAGGACUUUAGCUGCAGCUGUCCAGCAGGCCGAGGCGGUGCCGUCUGUGAGAAAGCCGUGCAGUAUUUCGUGCCUGCCUUUGGGGGCAGAUCCUACCUGGCCUUCCCCACGCUCCGAGCCUACCACACCCUGCGUGUGGCCAUGGAGUUCCGAGUGUCCGAGCCCCACGGGCUUCUCCUGUACAACGGUCAGAGUUCCGGGAAGGACUUCAUCGCGCUCACGCUGGUCAACGGCUUUGUGGAACUCAGGUUUGACACGGGCUCGGGCAUGGGCAUCGUCACCAGCAAGGUGCCUGUGGAGCGUGGCCGGUGGCACCACCUGGUGGUGACAAGGAACCGGCGCCAAGGGAUGCUCUCUGUGGAUGGGGAGCCUCACGUGACCGGCGAGAGUCCCAGCGGCACUGACGGUCUCAACCUGGACACAGACCUCUUUGUGGGUGGUGUCCCUGAAGACCAAGCAUCCGUAGUGUCAGAGCGCACAUCAGCCCGGGCUGGCCUGAGGGGCUGCAUCCGCCUCUUGGAUGUGAACAACCAAAGGGUGGGGCUUCGAGAGAAAGGCCCAGAUGUUCUCUAUGGCUCAGGAGUGGGCGAGUGUGGGAACAACCCCUGCCUGCCCAACCCCUGCCACCAUGGUGCCACCUGCCAGGCCCGAGAGGCUGACAUGUUCCACUGUCAGUGUCCAAAGGGCCGAGAAGGCCCUACCUGUGCUGAUGAGAGGAAUCCCUGCCAGCCCAAUCCUUGCCAGGGGGCAGCUACCUGCCGAGUGCUGCCUGAAGGAGGUGCCAAGUGUGAAUGCCCCAUGGGGCGAGGGGGCCAGUUCUGUCAGACAGUCACAGAGCAGGACCCAUCCAGGCCCUUCCUUCCCACCUUCAACGGCUUUUCCUACCUGGAGCUGAAAGGCCUGCACACCUUCGGGGAUGUCCGGGGGGAGAAGAUGGCCAUGGAAGUGGUAUUCCUGGCCCGGAGUCCCACCGGCGUCUUGUUCUACAAUGGGCAGAAGACGGAUGGCAAAGGCGACUUCGUGUCCCUGGCCCUGCAUGGCGGGCAUCUGGAAUAUCGCUAUGAUCUGGGCAAAGGGGCCGCAGUUAUCAGGAGCAAGGAACCCAUCACCCUGAACAAAUGGAUCCAAGUCUCUCUGGAGCGAAAUGGGAGGAAGGGGGCCAUGUGGAUCAAUGAUGGAGAAAGAGUGCUGGGAGAGUCCCCAAAAUCCCGAAAGAUGCCACACACUGUCCUCAACUUGAAGGAACCACUCUAUGUUGGAGGUGCUCCUGACUUCAGCAAACUAGCCCGAGCAGCUGCUGUCUCUGGAGGCUUUGAUGGGGCCAUCCAGACGGUCUCACUGAAGGGCCGCCAGCUCUUAACAAGAGAGAAUGUCCUGGAUGCCGUUGAGAUCUCCUCCUUCCCUGACCACCCCUGUACCCGGGCCUCGGGCCAGCCCUGCCUCAAUGGGGGCUCCUGCUCUCCCCAGCAGGACACCUAUGAGUGUCGGUGUCCUGGGGGCUUCUCGGGAGCCCACUGCGAGAAGGGGCUGAUUGAGAAGUCAGCUGCUGACCUGGACUCCAUUGCCUUUGAUGGACGCACAUUCAUUGAGUAUCACAAUGCAGUGACCAGCAGUGAGAAGGCCCUCCAAGAGAACCACUUUGAGCUGAGCCUUCGGACGGAGGCCAUGCAGGGAUUGGUGCUGUGGAGCGGCAAGGGCACCGAGCGGGCCGAUUACAUCGCGCUGGCCAUCGUGAACGGCCGCCUGCAGAUGACCUAUGACCUGGGCUCCCAGCCCGUUGUACUGCGUUCCACGGUGCCUGUUAACACCAACCGCUGGCUGCGUGUCAAGGCCUCCAGAGUGCAAAGGGAGGGCUCCCUGCAGGUCGGCAAUGAGGCCCCCGUGACAGGAUCCUCCCCACUGGGGGCCACACAGUUGGACACAGAUGGAACUCUCUGGCUGGGGGGCCUGGAGAAGCUGACUGUGGCACACAGCCUACCCAAGGCAUACAGCACGGGCUUUGUGGGCUGCUUGCGGGGAGUGGUGGUCGGCCAGAAGGAGCUGCACCUGGUUGAGGACGCCUUACAUAAGCCUGCCCUGCGGCAUUGCUCAGCCCCAUGAUGCCCCUGUCCACCUCCAGCCCUGCCUCCUGCCAGUUGUUGUAAUUAUUUUCUAUUUUUGUAAACUCAUGGCUUUUUUUAAGAUAUAAUUUCCCCCCUGCUCGCCUGUCAGGGGAUGGAGGAAACGCAGACCUCCCUCUACCCCCUGCUCCGGUGAGAGCUACUUUCCACCAGCCUCCAGUUUGGGGAGGGUCCUGGCUCCAAAGGCCUGGGUCCCGGCCCUCUCUUUGGACAUCUGGCAGGCCCCACCCCAGGGGCAGCCACACAAGGGCCUGGGCCUGACAGACUGCAGCUCUUUUGUGGGGGCUUUGGCCAGGCCCUACUUCUCUUUCCCUCCUUGUUCUGCCCCCAAGGAGGAUGGAGAUGGAUCAGCCCUGGCUGAGAGAAGGUGAGGGCAGAGGGACACAAGCUAGACUGGGUCCUCAGCCUCCACACAACCCCCUCCCACCCCUUUCAUCAGUCUUUUGUGUUUAUAAUUUAUGUGUGUAAGAGUCUGACUUUAUCUGUUAUUUUUAAUGCACUGUCAUCCUUCUUGCCAUCCCUACCUUAUCCCCCUCUACCUACAGUCUCUUGUGUGUGCCUGUGUGCGUACACACACACACACACACACACACACACACACACACACACACACACACACACACACACACCAACACUCCCUCAGGAGAUGCUGCCUCUGCUCAGACGGCCUGAAGCUCAGUGCCCGAGGCAGGCUUCACCGAGGCUGGUUUGAGGCUGGAUGGAAACCGUGUGUGUCAUUCCCUCAUUGCCUGACUUUGCUCUUCAGAAGCCAGACAGCAUGAGUGAGCUCUGAGGGUCUUAUUUCAGGCUUUAUUUUGGGGGAGAUGAGAGGCAGAGGAGGAUGGUUUCUGCCCUCUCUGCUACACCUUCUACCCGGGUCCAGCCUCGAUCUCCCUUACCCUGGGGGAUAUCCGUGGCUCAGGCCCCAGACCCCUCAGGCCUGCUUGGUGCCAAUGCUGUGACUUAGAAUUGGUCUUAUUUGUUGGGCCCAAAGAGCCUUUGGGGCUCUCUUCCCAUACUUCCCAGCCUGGCUUGGAUCCCCUGUGCUCAGGGGGAUGGGGGCCAGUCCACCCCCUUCCUGCCUGGUAUUGCAUCUGAAUGUGGGUGGAUGGACCUCACUCCUUCAGAGAGGGGAGGGACCACAUGCUGUCGGGCCUUGCUCUCCCAGCCACAGGAAGAUCAUUUUGAAGUCCCCAAUUCUUCACACACCAGCUGCCUGCACCUCAUGAUCGUUGCUCUGCACUCAGGCUUCCAAACAUGGUCUUUCUCUCACAUCAGAAACACCUCAGGCAGUGGUCCCCAGGGCCCAGUUUUUGAACUUGAAGAGAAUGGGUGUGGCCUGUGGCUUUUACUGGAGUAAUUAUGGUGACUUUGGGAAGAAAGGACAUCUGGGAGUUGGACUUUUAUCUCCUCCCCACCCUCAUUUUUCAGCACUAGAGUUGGGGGGCAUGGAAGUCUCAGAGGAAGCAAAGACUCUAAGUGGCUUUUAAAGCUGUCUUUCAGAAAGGAUGAUUUAUCCAUGGGGGUGGUGGAGUGAGGGGUAGGGGGAGGGGAACAGUUUUCAAAUCCAUUCCUUGUCCCUGGGCGCUGGAGCCCAGGGAGUGCCCUAUCUCAAAGCCGGAGCCCCUUCAUUUUGUCCCCUUCCUGGCACCGCUGUUCUGGUGGGGUGGGGGUAGAGCAGUCUCCCAUAAGAUAGAGGGAGCUUGGCAUUGGAGUAGGGGAUGGUGGAUGAUACACUGGAUGGGGCUGCACCUUAUAAAUAAGAUAUGGCCAUGGCUUUCUCUCUCUCUCUCCUCCCUGGAGGUGGUCUUGGUAUCUCACAUGUUGGGAAUAACAGGAGACCCCAGGAAAUUUUCCCAGAUAUUGGGGAGAGAAGGGUGGUGGUGUUUGCUGGGAUCAGAAACGCCUUAAAAUGCAACAUGUGUCCUUGUUUCCCUGUGCCCUCUCCCCAUUCCCAUCCCUACCCCAGCUGGGCACAGUCCCCCUGGGAGCUGGGACUCAAGACUGGGCCUGGCGGACACUUAAUUUUCUGUUUGUAAGAGAAGCCAGGAGGCCUGUUGUGGGGGGGGGGGUGUUGGGGGUUGGGGAGAGGGGCUGGGACCACGCCAUGCCACACCACACCUCUCCAUGCCAUACCAAGGUAGGCCUAGCUCCUGCUCUCUUCUGGUUUGGGCAAUGGCCUCCAGGCCUCCCCAACCCCACUCAGCAUGAUGUAACCAUUACUAACUUUAUGUGUGUCUUUUGUCAGUCUCCAUGAAAUAAAGUUUGAAAACUUGAAAAUGGA